GAGAGUGACAAGUUCACAAGAAUGCUUUUGUGGAUGAUGGUCACGAUGGCGGCGGGGGCGACGGGCUUCUCCAGCGUUGGCGGGCCCCCCGUGCACGAGGAUCUUCUGGCCGGUGGUGUCCAGCAGGUCUCGGUGCUGAACGUUCGCUCGCUGCUGGACCUUCCUUUCUUCAACUCCCCAGAUUCCCAGGUAUUCCUGGUUCAUCCGCCGGGUUUCGCACCCCGGGCCCCGCCCUCUCAGGCCUCGAACCAGCACCCACCGGCUUCCCCUUCCAGCCACGCUUCUUCGCCUCAUAUCACCCCGGCUGUGCUCGUGGCAUCUAAUGUACCAUCACAUGUACCAUCCUCUGGGACGCAGCCUCGUGUAUCCCCUGCAAUGUUGCCAAACAUGUUAUCUGAUAUAUCAUCUAAUCCAAUAAUCGACGAGACAGUAGACCCUUCCAUUGUCCUACUAAAUCAACCUCAAGCACCUAUACCAAAUACCUUAACCCCUAUACCUGUCAUUCCCGAGACCUUGACCCACACAACCGCCCGGUCGACCGCAGUCCGUGAACCUGCAGUUGCCAUUCCCCAGCCUUCAAUUCCCGUAUCCGAAUCUCCAGCCUCUCAGCCUCCGUUCACUACCCCUCAUGCCUUACCUGCCACGUCACAGUCCACAUUAGUAUCGUUCCCCUCACAAAUCGCAAACUCUUUUCCUCAGCAUCAGUCGUCGGCGUCCGACGCCUCUGUCUCCACGUCUUCUGACGUUCCACAAACUUCCCAAUUACCAGCAUCUGCUUCUUUACCCCCAUCUAUCCCAGAACAAAGCACAUCCGCUUCUCAUCAACAAAAUGAUGUCUCGCUUAACCCAUCUACCGAAGCCCAGCUAUCACUUCCAAACAGCUCACCUCCCUCUCCUGUUGAUCCUCUCGCUCAAGAAAAGAACUUUAUUCACCAGCCUGUAAUACCCACUCCCCAACUUCUCUCUUCAACUUCCCUCCCCCUUCUGCCUUCUCAGUCAUCUCCUUUGCCAUCGUUGUCAGUAAAUGUUGCAUCAUCUUCUCAGCUUUCUCUGUCUCAAGAACUCGCCUCCACACCGGCCAGCUCUGGCCCUCCUGCUUCCCCAGCGGUCGCUAGUAACCGCAUCCUGCAAGUUGAUCAGGACCGGUCCGUUAACGCUUUGCCCUCGGGUACUUCGCCUCCGCCUUCCUUGGGGCAUCUCGAGAUCGCACACACUCGGUCCUCCAUUUCUCCCGCCAUUACUCAACAGUCCCCGCCUGAGGAAACGUUUCUUGAUUCGCCUCCUGUGACAUCCGCGGCUCCGCCUGUCUCCACAGCUACUGGUUCAAUGAGGCCAACGAUUCUAGAUAACGAGGUAUCAACGAUGCCCGAAGGAUUAGCUGCAAGACAUCCAGUGCGCCUGAUCAUGCCAGGGGCUGAGGAGGUCACUGCGCGUCGUUUGGCAACACAAGCUCGCCGCGAUUCGAUGCAACGGUCCACCACUGUGGAAACUACGUCCGCGACUCCCUCUACCGUCGCGCAGAAAACAACACCAACAGCAUUCCUCUCGUCCACUAUUCCAGGAACGACCCCGCGAUCUAGUACUACAUCAGUUACCACGUCAACUGCGUCGGCACCCACAGCGCCACCUUCUGUAGCCACUACACCAUCAACGGCAAGCACGCCACAGGCUCUUCCCGAUACUCCCCAGCAAGAGACCGCACCGUCGAGCGCGCACAGAAUUACUUCCCUGGACCCUCUGACGUCACUUUUCCUCAGCGUAUCCAGAUCAGCUGUGCAAAAUGUUGAAUCUGCUGCUUUCUCCCACUUCCACGGCCAACGCCCUGCCGCCGCACCCGUGCCAGAAGGCACGCCCGAAGUCCCUUAG